UGCUGAAUUGAUUAUUGUUCCCAUUACACACACAAUUCAAAAUUUCCAGUCCAACCCUUAAUCAAGGUUCCGCGGCGUCUUCGAUUUCCAUCUCCAUCUCCGGCUUUUACAGUAAGACAUUGCUUUUCCCCCGAGCAUUAGUGCCAACUCUUCUCUUGACCUCAAGUUCUGCUACACCUUGUUUUGUCUUUUCUUGCUCCUUUACCUACGCGAUUUCUCGAGCGCGCUCCGUUUUGUUAGGGGCAGAAGCAUCUUGCGAUCAUCUCUUCGCCUCCCUCAACACUGUCGAAAGCAAUAUUCUCUUACUGAUAUCUAGGCCUAUCUAGGCCCCUCCAUCCAUCGAGGAUCUCCUCAACGCCCUCUCUUCGAAACCAUUCGCCACGCUUUUCCCCCUAUAAUCUUCGUUGAUCGACUGGAAAAAUGGUCAAAGAGACUAAGUUCUACGACAUUCUACUUGUCUCGCCAACGGCUACCGAACAGGAGCUGAAGAAGGCAUACAAAACGGGCGCCCUCAAGUACCAUCCUGAUAAGAAUGCCCACAAUCCCGCCGCCGAAGAGAAGUUCAAGGAAAUCUCUCAUGCCUACGAAGUCCUAUCCGACCCUCAGAAGCGCAGCGUCUACGACCAAUAUGGCGAGGCUGGCCUUGAGGGCGGCGCAGGAGGAGGUGGCAUGGCCGCCGAGGACCUGUUUGCGCAGUUCUUUGGCGGAGGUGGUGGUUUCGGCGGCAUGUUCGGCGGUGGCAUGCAAAACCGAGGUCCGCCCAAGGCUCGCACCAUCCACCACACGCACAAGGUCUCCCUGGAGGACAUUUAUCGCGGCAAGAUCUCCAAGCUCGCCCUCCAACGGUCCAUCAUCUGCCCGAAGUGCGACGGUCGCGGCGGCAAGGAGGGCGCAGUUAAGCGAUGCGCUGGCUGCGACGGCCAUGGUAUGAAGACCAUGAUGCGACAGAUGGGACCCAUGAUCCAGCGCUUCCAGACUGUCUGUCCCGACUGUCAAGGCGAGGGAGAGAUCAUCAACAAUAAGGACCGCUGCAAGAACUGCGGCGGCAAGAAGACCGUCGUCGACCGGAAGGUCCUUCACGUUCAUGUUGAUCGGGGUGUGAAGAGCGGCACCAAGGUCGAGUUCCGUGGUGAAGGCGAUCAAGCCCCUGGUAUCCAGGCAGGCGAUGUUGUCUUUGAGAUUGAGCAAAAGCCCCACGCGCGUUUCGUCCGCAAGGAUGACGAUCUUCUCUAUAAGGCGGAGAUUGAGCUCGUGACUGCGCUAGCGGGAGGCACUCUCUUUAUCGAGCACCUCGACGACAGGUGGCUCAGCAUAGAUAUUCUUCCCGGAGAGGCAAUCGCUCCAGAUGCUGUCAAGAUGGUCCGCGGCCAAGGCAUGCCGUCCUAUCGGCACCACGAUUUCGGCAACCUCUUCAUCCAGUUCAACGUCAAGUUCCCCGAGAAGAAUUGGAUGCAAGACGAAGCCGGCUUUGAGGCUCUCCGCAAAUUGCUUCCGCCCCCGGCUCAGCCCCCGACGCCACCAGAUGCUAUGACCGAGCCGGCAGACUUGGAAGAUAUCGAAAACGCGUCACAGGCCAGGGUGUUCGGAGGCGGCGCCGGCGGUGGUGGAAUGGACGAGGACGAUGAAGACGGCCACCCUCAUGCUGAGCGUGUGCAGUGCGCAUCCCAGUAGAGGAAAGAAGUAAGCGCUACGUAUGAUGAAUUUUGAUGAUGACGGCAUUCUUUCGGCGUGCAGGGAGGAUCUGGAGAGGAGGUACGAUCGUCCCUAGGCGUUCCGCGCCUACCAAGCGAAAAAGACAGGAAGUGGGCAGUCUGCUCUGGACAUAUCCGGUGGCGGAUUAUGAAAAGAGGAUGCCAUGCCGUGAGAUUGGGAUGUCCUAGUGGUUGUGGCUCGGGCUCCUUCAUCUUGUCUCGAGCACAUCGGGCAUUGUACACCUUCGCGCAGGUCAGGCGAGACGUUGUUCCUACGCGGCUUGCUAGUCUCAGAACACUCAUGAUGGCUUGGCUUUCUCUUAUUAUUUCUUUUUUCUUAUUCUUUCGGAUCUCGACAAUGUUCGGGGUUUGUUUGGGUCGGGGAAGGGCGUUAAGAGACACAAUAGAGGAUAGUGUGAUAUGAACUUCUUUUUUUAGUAUCUGGUUUUCUUUAACCUUUCACC